AUGGCGCAUCCGACUAUCAAGAUCGACACCAGUGUCGCGACCAAGCGCGGACUGCCCGAGAAUGAUGACGCGGGUCUCGAUAUACUCGGUGCGGAUCAGGACAACCCUAAGCUGGAAGCUGGGAAUACGGAAGAUGUUCCACCAUUCCUGUGCCAAUCUGUCUCAGAGAUCCAUGACAAGUUUGAGGAGCUGGAAUGGAGGCAGCGCACACGUAUAUUUGAGGGUAGCCAAGCCAAUGAUCUCUCGCAUCCCUGGGCCCUAGAGUCGGACCCAAGAGUUAAAGCGAGAAACCGGUAUUAUAAUGUCCAGGCAUGGGCAAAUUGUCGUGUUCAUCUGCGGGUGGCCGAGGGCGAGUGUGAUUUUAUCAACGCAUCUCCGAUCAGACUGGAAGACUCGGUGACACGGGAAAGAAGGAAAUAUAUCGCAACUCAGGGCCCCAAACUCGGACAUCUUGCGGACUUUUGGCACAUGGUCUUCCAUGAAAGCCAGGAGGUCGGCGUUAUCGUAAUGCUUACCCAAACUUUUGAAGCGGGCCGGGAAAAGUGUGCUCAAUACUUCCCAUUGGAUACGGAGCAGGCUUCGAUGGUUCUAACGACAGAUGAGUCGGACGUUUUCUUCGACGAGAGUGAGCAAACAGAACCCGGUAUCUUGGGUAGAGUUACCUUGUUAGAGUCAACUUUCGACGCUAGAUCACGAUCUGAAAUUCGCAAACUCGAACUAGCCAUCGGUUCGGAGUCAAAAAUCGUCUGGCAUUUUCUUUUCGCUGGCUGGGCCGAUUACUCCAAACCCGAAGGCAGCGAUCGCCAAGCCCUUCUCAACUUGAUCAAGUUGUCAGCUUUCAAAUCCAGCUCGGAUAAUCCGCGAAUCGUGCAUUGCAGCGCAGGAGUUGGUCGAACAGGAACUUUCAUCGCGCUUGACCAUUUGCUAUGCGAACUAGAGUCAGGACAUCUGUUGGAUAUGGAAAAUUCAGCUGACGACCCUGUUUUUGAAACUGUCAAUCAAAUGCGGGAGCAACGGAUGAUGAUGGUCUACAACGAGAUGCAGAUGCAAUUUAUCUACGAAGUGCUCCGAGAACAAACCGAUCGGAAGCUGGGCAAGAUCACGGACUGGAAUAUGGACUCACCCAAUGGGAGCGAGGAACGAUCUGCGAAAAUCCCCAAGUUGAAUGACCAGACAGAUUACUUGCCAACUUUCAAGCCGGAGUUGGAAGCUGUCCCAGAUCGCGCUCAUACGCCGACGAGAAGUCGGACCGGUACACCGGAGCUUUUUGUUUCUGAUAACGAAUGA